GCGUCCGCCACCGCCAGUACCGCGUCUCCCGCUGCCUGCCAUGGACGGCUUCGACGACCUCCUCUCCCGCUCCCGCGACGUCCUCGACAAUCCCUUCGGCGACCCCUUCGCAAAGCCCCGCCCCAGCUCCCCCGACCCCUGGGCCAGCUUCGGCCAGCCCUCCGUACACGAUGACGGCCACGCCUUCCUCGGUGCGCGCAGCACCACUCCGACCCUAGACUCCCAUGGCUUCAGCGACUCUGCUGGCUUCCAGUACAGUGCGGCCGACUCCAGUGUCUUCGCUGACCACUCCCCGCCUGAACACGCAGAAGAAGCGGAGCCCCAGACACCCACCGCAGAUGAGGCCGAGUCGCACACACCCACUCCCCCUGCGGUCGCGUCUCCCGGCUUUCGGGAGAGCGUACCACUCUCUAUCGACGAGGUCGCGCAGCCCGAGGAAGAGCAGCCCGCACGAGAGCCCUCACCGCCGCCUGCGCAGGCAGAGGUGCCGGCUGAAUCGCCUGUACCUCCUGCUACCGCACCCGCGACCUACGGCUCGUUCCUCGGACACGCGUCUCGUCCGUCCAACGCAUCUACCUUCCGCGCCGAACCCACAUACCAUUCACCUCUCGACCAGCCCUCCGCCGUCGGCAUUGAUUCAUCCCUCGCCGGGCUCUCCAUAGGCAACGACGCGUUCAACGGAUGGCAGAGCGAGCCAAGCACAUACCCGGCGUCGCCCCAGUCGCCCACCGGGCCCUCGCAGCGGAGUCGCAGCGACUCGGACUCGUCCGACGACGACCUGCCCAUCCUGCAGUCCGCGAAACUGGCGAACCGGAUCCCCACCGCGCAGGCAUCAAGACCUGCGGGCCAGCGGACGGAGAACGGCCUCCCCCCUGCGUUCGUGAUCACCGUCGACGACCCCCAGAAGGUCGGCGACGCCAUCCGUGCCUACACCAUGUACACCGUGCAUACCAAGACCACCUCCCCCUUCUACAGCAAGUCCUCCUUCUCCGUGCUGCGGCGCUACUCCGACUUCCUCUGGCUCUACGAGACGCUCUCGCAGAACAACCCGGGCGUCGUCGUUCCGCCUGUGCCCGAGAAGAACCCGUACCGCCGCUUCGACCAGGACUUCGUCGAGCAGCGCCGGCUCGCUCUCGAGAAGUGCAUCCAGAAGAUCGCGAACCACCCCGUGCUCCAAAAGGACCCCGACCUGAGGAUGUUCCUCGAGAGCGACACGUUCUCGCUGGAUGUGAAGCACCGCAAAGCAGAGCUCGGCCAGGAGAAGGGGUUCAUGGCGUCGCUCGGCCAGUCGAUCGCAGGACCGAGGUUCUACGAGACCGACGAGUGGUUCGACCGACAAAAAGCCUACCUCGAUAGCCUCGAGUCCCAAUUGCGCGGGCUGGUGAAGGCGAUCGACCUGGUGGCCAAGCAUCGCUCGGAGGUCGCGAUCGCGACGGGCGAGUUCGCGCAGACGAUCGCGGACCUGGCGUCGUCGGACAUCGGUCCGCAGUUGGCCAGCUCCUUUGCCGGGCUCGCGGACGUUGAGCGGAAGGCGCAAGACCUACAGACGGCGCAGUCCCACGACGACGUGGUGACGGUCAUGGCCACAGUGGACGAAUAUGCGCGGCUGAUCAACUCUGUUCGAAUGGCGUUCAGCUCGCGCAUCCGGACGUACCACGCCUGGCAAUCUGCAGAUGCCCACCUCCGGAGCACGAAGCAGCGGCACGAGUCGCAGCGUGCGCAAGGGCGGUUACCCUCCGACCAGCUCAGCCGCUCGCUCUCCAUGGUUGCAGACGCCGAGAGGCGAGCGCUGGACGCGAAGACGGAGUUCGAGCAGACGUCGAGGCUCGUCAAGUCUGAGGUGGCGCGGUUCGAGCAGGAGCGCGUCGAGGAUUUCAAGAACUCACUCGAGGCCUUCUUGGACGGGAUGAUUACGCGGCAGAAGGAGCUCAUUUCUCAAUGGGAGAAUUACCAGCAAAGACUGUUGAAGGUUGCUGGUCCGACGGGCCAGCGGAGGAGCACGGACGCUGCCGCUGUUCCUGUAUCAUAGCGCUUGCUAGUGCUACCUCACCGCAUAUUUCAGCUUCCUUGCGAAUACUGUCAUAUGAUACCAUGCUGUCACGCCGGGUUAUUCUCACAUGGAAUGAUGUAUUUUCUAUUAUGCUGCAAAG